AGCCAAUGACGCUCUAAAGUCGUGAAAAUGGAUCGCGGAUUCAACAGUAUUUGGGGAGACCUACAAACGUCUAACAGGUUUCCCUGGAACGGCCAACUGAUGUCAACGUGUGAGGCAGAGUUGCAGGAGCUGAUGAAGCAGAUCGAUAUCAUGGUGCAGAAUAAGAAGCUGGAGUGGGAGAGAGAUCUGCAGGGCCUCGAGGCAAAGCUGGAGAUGAGGGAGAAGGAGACUAUGAUGCAGAGAGCGACCAUUGAACAGAAACACAGAGAGAUCGGUCAGCUGAGACAACAGGUGGACGGUAUGGAGCGAGCACAGCGCGAAAUGGUUUCAGAAUAUGAACACCAGUUGACACAGUGUAAGAACGAGUUGGUCAACAUAAAGAAAGACUAUGAGAAGUUACAGAAGAAGCAUUCCAAGAAUUCGAAGGAAGCACAGAAAGAGAAGAAUAAGACGUCCACGGAACUGCAGGAUAGUUUUACUGAGAUUCAGCGACUGCAAUCAAAAGUAGAAGAAUACCGACAUAAAGCAAAGGACUGGGAUCUUCAGAGGAGAAAUUAUGAAAAACAAAUAGAAAGUUUAGAUUCGCAAAAACGGACAUAUGCAGAAAAAUGUGAUCUUAUACAGCAACAAGCGGUAGGUUUCCAGUCACAGUUGGACAAACGAAGACAAAUACUAGACAACACGGAAUACAACUUAAAAACACAAAUAGCUCAACUCGAGGGGCAGUUAGAGAGAGCAAAGGAUACGUUACAGGCACAGGAAUCUCAAAUAGAAAAAUUGAAGUCGUCACUUGAUGAUACAGUGAUGGUUCAAAGACGCGUUUUAGACGAGAAAGAUUUUGUGGAAAAGGAACUCAGAGAAUCAAAGAAAAUUAUUAUUAAUCUGGAGGAUGACGUUGCAAGACAGAAAGUGGAAAUUCAGAAAAAGGAUGACAUUUUAAAGAUGGUUGAAGAUGACCAGCAUCACCGGGCACAAGAGUUUAAUAACAUGGAACAGGUGCUCAUGGAGAAGGAGGAGAUUAUACAGUCAUUUGAGAUGCACGAUAGAAAAGAACAUUCCGAGUACAUUGGCCAGCUACAGGAUGAAGUGAAACAGGUCAAGUCAGAUAUCAAAGCUUACAAGAAAAACGAGAGGCGGCUUAACGAAGAAAUCUCCCGGUUACAGAAUAAGAUAAGACAAAGUCAAGAGGAUUACGCUGACUUACAAGAGAAGUUUAAAUCGAAGGCUGAGGAGAUGAGUUUGAUUGAUGGGGUGGAGAUAAAGAAACUAAACUCUGAGGUGACCAAGCUGAAGGAGCAGCUUUCAAUGUCGGAGGCUGCUCGAGCCUCGGAGGUGGCCGGGUUGAGACUGGAGAUGUCCAAUCAGGCAGCAGAGUUGCACAAGCGGACCAUUGCGAUGGCUGGGCUGGGUGAGAAAGUCACGCUUGGUGAACGACAGAUGCGGGAGGAGAAUGAAAAGUUUGAGCGGAGGGCAGCUGAAUUGCAGGUCGCAAAUGCUCAGCUGGAGGCCCUGCGGUUAGAGAAUCGCCACCUACGACAGACGGCCCUCAAACAGAUUCAGAGCAAUGCCGACGUGAUGGAGGCUGAAGCUCACCUCAAGGAGUUACAGAAUGCUUAUUCUUUAUCUGUCUCAAAACUAGAGCAAGAGAAACGGGACCUCUACCAGCAGAUGGACAGCCUGCAGGACGAGCUUCACCUAAUGGAGCAGAGCCAUCGCCAGAAGCAGCAGAUUGCCAGAGAGGAGACAGAUAGAUCUGUACACGACCUCAGGGAGAAUGAUGAAAGGCGGUACAAAGAACUGCAACGUGAGCACAACCAGAAGUUGGAGGCAAUGCGUGAACAACUUGAGGAGACGGCAAGACGCUAUGAAUCGGAGAUUCAGGGAUUACAGCGAGAGAAGCAAAAGCUCCAGCAAGAUAUCACUCACAAAGAGGACUCAUUUAAACGUAUGGUUGGUCAGAACAGUGUCAUGUCGAGCUUUGUCGGUGACAUAGACAGUAUUGUCAACUCUCCGAAUCGCUCCAAUCGUAGCCACAUGGUGACACCAAGAUUGCGUCAGUCGGGCGCUGCCAUCGACGCCCAGAACUCAAAAAGUGCCGACCAACUGGAGCAACGACAGAGUAAAAGUGGCCAUGUGCGCUUCAGUCCGGAUGAAAACCUUUACAGUUUGAAUGCCCAGGAUGGUGCUAGUGAUCAGAACACUCUUGCUGUUGACGGGACAAGGCCGAAAGUUUAUUCCUCGGAUUCAAAUCUAAAUCCAACUAUCAAUCUAAAUGGGAACCAUAGUGAGGAGCGUUCAUUGUAUAGUCCAUUUGAGAAUGUUGAGAACACGGAACGUGCCUAUGGCGGGCGGUCUAGUUCCCCAAUUGUGAUAGGAAAGUCGCCAUCCACGAAAGUGGAGGGUCCUUCUGUACACUUUGACGAGUCCCCAUUGAAACGGGUCUCGCCUAAAGACUGGCUACCUCAGGAAUCUAAUCUAGUGCAUGGACAAAAUGACGGAAAAAUAAAACAAGGCGGGAGUCGGAAUGGGAGUAGGAAUGCUAGUCCGCGUCCGCCGCCAGAUGCGGGUAUAUCGAGAAGGAGUCCGAUGUUGGAACAGUCGAGAUUAGCAGCAAGUCACAAUGAGCCAGAUAGUCGGAGUCUGUCGAUGCUCGGGCUGGAUGCCGGCGGACUAGAACACAGGUUCUCCCUGAGUGAUCACUCAGAUACGGAGCGGCCUAGUUCUCGUGCAUCGGUUUCAACACGAUUUCUCCAGGAGGAGCAAGAACGAGCGAAAGAAUUAGAAAAGCUGAUAGACUCUCACAUUGAGGAACUAAAACAGGAAACUGAAAAGACUAUCAAGAAGUACACACGGUGAUAAUGGUGGGGAAAUGUUUCGUUGACUACCAGGGCUGUGCUGUUGAUUCCGUCUCUCCGUCGCAGAUGAAUGAAAUUUCUCGGGGUCCUUGAUUUGGGACUGGAUAUGAGCCAGCAGAAAAGUAGUCGCACAGAGACAAUUUGCCAAAUCCUAAUCUUGUUGAUAAAUUAUGCAGUACCCAUGACAGUGAAAUGGUGAUACGCUGGUAUCCAGUGGUUUGAAUAAAAUAAGAUUUUGUAAGGGAUGUACUAACAAAAACACAGUAAAAGUUGAGAAAAGUAGAGUCCAUUCAUAAAAGGUUUUAUUGGGUCUUUUAGGGCUCAGGAGUGUGCUCACUCACUCACUCCUACAACUUGACAUUUCUAUGUCAACUGUGCAUCUACAAGUGCAAACAACUGGUCAGAUUUCUUUGAAGUUUGGUUCUCCAGAAGUUUAUGCUCCACGGCCCCAAACAAUGCGAACAGAUCAUCUAUGAAUGGGGUUUAGUUUGUUGGGUGAAAUGGGACCGAAGUGUACAUUGUGUAUUAGAAUGCUAGUUUGUUAAGAAUCUCAUAAGUAUUUUUUUGUAUAUAGCAGAAGAGAGUAUGUACUAAUUGAUUAUUUUUGCAUUUAAUUAAUAUUUAUUUGUUAUACAUUUAGUUGUCCUGUAGUUGUAGUUUACCGGUACUUAUUUUGAGGUAUCAUGUGACAGGGUGCCUACUAAGAUACUGGACUGUAUAUUGGUCACCUUGAGACCUCCCCAUUGGACCCCAGCCUCCUGCCCAUAGUCCCCCUUUAUGGCCAGUUUUUACUAAAGAGGAUUUGCAAUUUCAACAGGCAUAGGGAAAUUUCCAUACAUAAUAACUGCACUUCGGCAUCAUGUAUUUUUAUUUUCCUGAGCCACUAGUAAUUACAAUUAACAGGAGCAGCGUACCCUUUUAAGGAUAAGAUUCAUGAGAUAUGUGUACCUGCUUAAAUAAGAGUGGAGCUAACAGUGAAUACCAGUACUGCAUUUCUUUUAAACCUGCCUGCCAAUACCAGCUUCUCAUUGCCAGAUGUAUGUAGUUCAUCAUUUAUGUUCAGUUUUAAAAGAAAGCUGCUUUGUUUAUAUUGAACUGCCAGAGUUUAACAUUGUUGAUCGCACUGAAUAUUCCUUUUAUCCCUUGAAUCAAAUAAGCAAAACAGUCAUCAGAGAAGUCAGAACAAAAUGUACAAAUUUUGCAUCCGGUUAUGCAUGAGCAUCAAGUAUGGAUUAAUCUAUUAAUCUAUACUUGAUGAGCAUUGAUUAGUACCCAAAGGACACUUAUUCAUACGCAUGUAUAACUGGAUCCAAAAUCUAGGGAUUUUUCUCAGACUUGUGCUGAUUCAAAGGCCUCAAAGGAGUAGAAGGCAUGGGGAAACAAUAUCGAGGAAGAAAACGUUUUAAGACAGUUCAAUUUUAAUCCAUGGGUUGAUAUAGUCUGCAAAAACCUUUGAAACUUAUUGAAAGAUCUGAUUAUUCAGAGUAUAUAAUUCAUUGACAUUGCAUGCGAUUAUUUCGAUGUAUUGUAAAUAAUGAAAUAAACAAAUUUAUAUCAACUUCAA